CUCGGGCUUGCAGAAAUCGGCAUUCUUGGGUCCAAACCAAAAACCAAGUUUCCGAUUAUGGGGACCCUCCGUGCAUGUGACUAGCAACUUGGCAACGUUCCCCAAAAACCAAGGAAAAUCGCAAGCCCAUGUUCCCCGCCAAGCGCACGUCCGGGCUGCAACGUCAGGGUGCAUGCACAUUCGAGCCUGCCUAUGGAGGUUUGGCACAUUCGACUGCCUCCGCCUCCUCCCCGGUCCCCCGUCUGCGCCUCUGGUCUUCCUCCUGCCCUCCAGGCCGGUCCCAGCGCUUAUUUGCCUCCCUCUUCCCACGGUCAUUCCAAACCUUGGAAAUCGUUGCAACCAUACUGGGGAGCCAUCGGUGAAUACGGCCAGCGACCACAUUUCGCACAAACGGAGACACCGGAGUACCAUCGAAACUUGCAACACUAAAACGGACCGACGAAGAGCGAAGCAACAAUAUGACGGUUGCUGGUAUAAGGUCCGACCCAAAUCAUAGAUUUUGGGCACGCAGGCUGCUCAUACGCCAUUCCUCGAGCGACUGAAUCGUAGGAACGACCAUCGACACAUAAGGACACAACCAUCUGCACGAGCGCGACACGAGGGUUUGUUUCAACCUUGAGGCUCUUACAUCUUGCUU